UUUUUUUUUUGGUUUACCCUUGAAUCUCUCAUUUUCACUUUCCAACACCCCUUCACUUCAUAUGAUGCUUCGUUUUUCUUCCAAGUGUUUGACAUCAACCUCCGUUGCUUCUAGACAAGCUGUUCGUAUGACAGCUGCUGCACCCAUGUGUGUUAGACGUUGGUACACUACUGAACCUCUUCCUACCCCUGGUUCAGCCACUGUGGAUCCCAAGAUUUCUGCUAUUGUUGAUCAAAUUGAAGGUUUGACAUUAUUGCAAACCUCUGAGCUUGUCUCACAAUUAAAGACUCGUUUGAACAUUCAAGAUAUUGCUAUGCCUGUUGCCAUGCCUACUGGUGGUGCUGCUGCUCCUGCUGCUGCCGCUGCUGAAGAAGAAAAGCCUGCUGAAAAGACUGAAUUCAGUAUCAAGAUUGAUAAAGUAGAUGCUGCUGCAAAGGCAAAGGUUAUUCGUGAAGUUAAGAAUUUAGCAGGUUUGAACUUGGUUGAAGCCAAGAAGUUUGUUGAAAGCGUACCCAAGGUUCUUAAGGAAAGUGUACCUAAGGAAGAAGCUGAAAAGUUGAAGAAGGCUCUUGAAGCUGUUGGUGCUUCUGUCUCUUUGGAAUAAAUUCACUACUACUACUCUGUUCAUAUAUAUACAUACAAUUCUCUCUCUUUCUCUUUCUUUUUUUUUUCUCUUAGAUUCUUUUCAUGUAUUAUUUCUUUUUCUGACAUAAAGAAAAAAGCUGAUAU